AUGAUAGUACAUUAUAAGCCAAAUAUGCACAAGGACACAGCUGUAGUUUUCAUGGAUAUUCUUCAUAGUUCCAUUAUCUCCAUAACCGCCACCAUUCUCUCACUUGUCUUUUGUGUGUUCAUACUUCAUCUUCUGACCCAAAAAGUAGAUGGAAAAAAGAGAUACCAUCCAAUUGGCGGCACCAUUUUCAAUCAGCUUAUAAACUUCCACAGGUUGCACCAUUACAUGACUGAUCUUGCAGGCAAGUACAAGACUUACAGAUUGAUUAGCCCUUUCAGGAAUAAGAUUUAUACUGCUGACCCUGCUAACAUCAAAUACAUUCUCAAAACAAACAUUGACAACUAUGGAAAGGGAUGGUAUAAUUAUAACAUUUUAAAGGACCUGUUCGGGGAUGGGAUUUUCGCAGUUGAUGGAGAUAAGUGGCGGGAGCAGAGGAAAUUAUUGAGCCAUGAGUUCUCCACGAGGGUCUUGAGGGAUUUCAGCAGUGUGGUCUUCAGAAAAAAUGUGGCAAAGCUAGCUCACAUAUUGUCUGAAGCUGCCAAUUCCAACAAGACAGUUGACAUUCAAGAUCUAUUCAUUCAAACCUCUCUAGAUUCUAUAUUCAGAGUUGCCUUCGGAGCUGAACUAGACAACAUGUGUGGUUCAAAUGAAGAAGUCAAAAAAUUUAGCGAUGCAUUUGACAAUGCUAAUGCAAUGACAACUUGGAGAUAUACUGAUAUCUUCUGGAAGAUUAAAAGAGCUCUCAAUAUCGGAGUAGAAGCCAAGUUAAGGGACAAUAUAAGAACUGUUGAUGCAUUUGUUUAUAAGAUGAUUCACAUAAGAACUGAGCAGAUGAGUAAACCAGAAACUGAUUUACCUAUGCAGUGGAAGAAAGAAGACAUUUUGUCAAGAUUUCUGCAAAUAACUGAUACAGAUCCAAAGUAUUUGCGUGAUAUAAUAUUGAGCUUCUUAAUAGCUGGCAAAGAUACAACAGCAACCACCCUUUCUUGGUUCAUAUAUGUGCUUUGCAAGUACCCUCAUGUACAGGAGAAAGUAGUACAAGAGAUUAAUGAAGCAGCAACUGAGAAAGAAAAUGCAACAGACAUAACAUAUUUUGCUGCUAAUGUGAGUGAAGAAGCACUUGAAAAGAUGCAAUAUCUUCAUGCUGCAUUGACAGAGACUCUUAGGCUUUAUCCUGCAGUUCCAUUGGAUCCAAAAAUAUGCUUUUCCGAUGACAUCUUGCCCGAUGGAUUCAGUGUGAACAAAGGGGACAUGGUGAGUUACCUACCAUAUGCAAUGGGAAGAAUGAAAUUUAUAUGGGGUGAUGAUGCAGAAGAGUAUAAACCAGAGAGAUGGCUUGAUGGGGAUGGCUUCUUCAGGCCAGAGAACCCCUUCAAAUUUACAGCUUUCCAGGCAGGGCCGAGGAUCUGCUUGGGGAAGGAGUUUGCUUAUAGGCAGAUGAAGAUAUUCUCUGCUGUGUUGUUAGCUUACUUUGUUUUCAAGUUGAGUGAUGACAAGAAGACUAUCAAAUACAAGACAAUGAUUAAUCUUCACAUUGAUGGGGGAUUGCAUGUUCGUGUCUUUCGUAGAUAGGGCAAUUAUAAAGAGUUUACAUAAAUAUGUAUAAUGUAUAUCAAUAUCGGUCCAGUUCUGCCCGAAUGUUGUUUAUGACAUCAAUAUCCAAAAUAAUCCUAUCAAAUAACAUUAACAUGGCAUGGAAAUAAGGUUUGCUAUCUAUGGGAUGUAUCAUUAUUACACAUUCACAUUUUCCUUGUUACCGCUUCCCUGACCACACCUUAGGAGAAAGUGGAAGUAGCAUUUCAAUUCAGUUCUCUAGCUUCAAAGACAGAACCACGGAUAGAAGUUGCUAAAUCUUCUAUUGGAGCCCCAAGCCAUUGCUUUAAUUGCCUUAUAGUUAAGUCACCCCUGUAUUUAUGCAAUUUUUAUCAAAGCAACACCAUCUAUUGUUAGUUGGCAUGAAAUAGUGUCCAUUUUAUCUUUUCCCCAAUAAUCAUGUAGACUCUUGUAUCAAAAAUUAAAACCUU